CUGGGAUUCGUCUCACCAUUCCACUUGCGUCUGUUCAUCAACAUUGCUGGCCCUUUCAAACGGACCAACACUGAAUAUUGGACUCCUAUUCACGUGGACAUGUUUGGCCCAGGUCAGCUGGUAUCAACUCUCCUUCCUGCAGUUUUCCAUUCCCCUGCAGCUCAUUUCUUCCCUGCGUUCCCAACCAGACUGGGCUCUCCACCUCAGAUCCUGAUCCCGGGACCCUUUAUUAGCUACGAAUCGCUGAGGAAUUAUCUGCAGCCCGAGCCAUGCAAGGAGGCUUUCCUGUUGGCCACACAGGCAGUUGGGAUUGGGCCACUAACAGAGAGCAUAGAUGAACAGAGGCCAGUGAAACAGCGACGCGCACGAGCCAACUACAGCAGCUGGCAGCUGGAGGAGCUGGAGAAGGCGUUCGAGACCACCCACUACCCGGACAUCUUCAUGAGGGAAGCCCUCGCCCUCAGAUUGGAUCUGAUUGAGGCCAGAGUUCAGGUUUGGUUUCAAAACCGCCGCGCCAAGAUGAGACGGCAGCUGAAAGUCCAAGGCCAGCACGCACGGCCUCAUGCGAAAAGAGACGAUAACGACAUGUCCGAGAGAGUGAGCAAGAGUUUAAAACCGACCGAGAAUUCUGACGGUGAGCACUGGGAUAGACAGCAGGAAAGAGAGAGAGAGAUCUACUCAUGGACACAACCCCCUCACUCCGUGCUGAGCGCGUGCGAGCAGCCUGUGGCGGCCAGGUCGGGGAAGUGGGAGAGGCUGGAGGGGCUGAGCUCAGAGGAGCUCCGUUCCUGCAGCAUCGCCAAACUGCGGGCCAAAGCCAGAGAGCACGAGGCCGAGAUUAACGGCACCGUAAACAUGUCAGCAGGCGACUUACAGCCACAAACACAGGAAACCCACGCCGCGCACAGUGACUGA